AUGUACCUUCUCUUCCUUUUUCUCAAGGUCCUCCUCGGCAACGUCGGUGCUCAGCUAUACACACCCACAGGCAGCGACGGGAAUGGGGACAUCACCCAACCAGGCCCGUGCCCCGGCUACUUACCACCCUUUCCUGGCUUCGAAUUUCCGCAUCUGAUGAUACCAAUCUCAACCAAGGCUCCUAACACUGCGUUCCCCAACACUGACACCCCGUACAUCACGGCUGGGGACAUUGAAAUGAUCUUCAACUUUGACAUUCCCGUUUCUCGCAAGGGCCAGACCUGCAACAUGGAAUUCCUCUUUCCGAAUCAGACCGAAUUGAGUAGUACAGCUUCGUUUCAACCCGCCGGCGUCAAUGGGUCCUUCGUUUUCUCUCUGUCGGUGCUUGGUGGAGGAGCAGUGGAGGGCAAUACCACUUACAAUAAUCAACCUCUUCAAUCCAACCCGCACGGGCUCCCAAAGACCCUCAACAUGGAGCCAGGACAUGCAUAUGCCAUUGGCAGCACCAUUUGCGUGCCGGGCAGGAUCAGCAUCACCAUGAGCAGCACUGACAGCAGUUUGACGUGGUUUCAAGACUGGAACCAGUGUGCAAUUGGGCUCUUCAUCACCUACUCGCCAUGA